AUGUCACAAAUUGUUCCUGAGAUUUAUGUACCGCCGCUUCGAUUCAGUAUGGUUCAACCCAGCCUAUAUCGAGGCGCAUACCCACGAGAAGUGAAUUUCAAGUUUCUUGAAACUUUACAAUUGAAAACAAUCAUAUCUUUAACUCCCAACCCAAUCACCAAAGAGACGGAUCCUGAACUAUACAAUUUUGCCAAAGAGAAUCAAAUUCAACUAAUUCAUCUAGAAUGUGCACAAUCAGGUAAAGGUAAAAAAAGAGGGGUGCCCUUAGAUUACGAAAUAGCAAUACAAGGAUUACAGUAUAUUAUUCAUAAUCAAUAUCAGCCAGUUUAUGUUCAUUGUUACAAUGGAGGACAGGUAACGAGUUUAAUGGUUGCAUGCUUGCGGAAACUACAAUUUUGGUCAGCAAUUUCCAUUUUCAAUGAGUUUAUUAAUUUUACAACAAACAUCACCGUUAAUGAUAGAAGUUUUGUCGAUGGAUUCCACGGCGAAAUACACAUAAAUCAUGACGACAAAGUCGACUGGCUAUGGGUUGGAGUAAGUAAACAUGUGGUGGGACACCACCCUAAGUUUCAAUUUAUUGACAAAAACAAAUCUAUGAAUUCUAUUUAA